AGCUACCUCGGCCGCGUCAUUGUCAUACCAGCUCACUCACUUACUUCCCACACUCGCAGCCAACACACACACACACACGGACACAGCCUAUCACAGCACCAUGAUGAACAAACCUGGUGAAAUACUGGUGAUAGCUGCUGUGUGAUAUUGUUAAAGAGCUAAGAUAUACUGCGUGUUGUGUUGUUGGUUGUUCCGGGUUAUAGUAGUGACGCUGAGUGUGUUGUUGUUGUUGUAGGAGUGUUGUGGAGGAGCUAUGAGUGCAGUACAGCCCACGACCACACCUCACCACCAACAAGACCUACUACAGCAACACAUGACCACCCUCUACGACCACCUUCUUCAGGAAACGACCACACCACACCACCACGACCUACUACAGCAACACACCAAGACGCUUCAUGAUCUCUUUCUGCAGCAAUCUUCUCCCGACGGCAGGUCAGCUCGGGACAGUGGUUAUGGAGGUGGUGGGUGUGGAGGCUUCGAAGUAUUCGCCUUCCUCGCCUUUCUCGUCGCCCUCCUCGACCUCCUCCUCGAUCUCAACGACAUGAACGACGGUGGUGGAGGAAUGAGGCAGCUGAGGGAGGUUCACACUGCUCCCGAAGGAUCACUCGACUGUACGAAUAAACUUGAGGCGUGGGAGGGGAUAUGGGCGGCGGGCGUGCUAGCUGACGGGGUCUUGCAGGCGGUCACCAGUCCCCCUGCAUGUGGCCACGCCUACCUGUGUCAGGCCGCAGCCACUGCAGCCGCAAGAGGACCCCUACCAGCGACGAUUACCAGGCUAGUAGGAGAUUGGCUGACGAGGUGGCCAAGUUUGUCCUCUUCACAGCUGGGUCAGAUCACACUCCAGGCUUCCUCCACCCUCUCCUGCCCUCCCGACCACCUCCUCUACAAUUGCUCAGCUGACAGCACACUAACCUAGAUGAUCCAGGCCCUUUAAGAACAACCGGUUACUCCUACAUCAUCCUACGCCCAUAUCAACCGGAGACUAGCUUUACCCACGCCCACAACACCCGCUAAAGACCCUUGGGUGACUGGAGACGCCUUGUUAUGACAGAUCAACUUCUACAGUAUGUCAGGGGACGAAGAAAGAUCCCGAGGAAUUAAAUUAACUGACUUAAUUUUAUAUUUAGGAACGUGAGGUUAGGGAAGAGCAGCCAUUCGUCAGAGACCCCAGGACUAAAUGAUCCCAACCUAACCUGACCUAACCUAACCUAGCCAGCAGAAUUGAUGUAUAGUUCUUAAUAAGUCCCAUACCUCACGAGCCCUUAUUCUAAUGAUUGGGUUAGGUCAGGUUAGGUUAGGUUAGGUUAGAUUAUAUUUCAUCAGGUUAGUUUAGGCUGAGGCCAAUUAAGACUGAGGUCAACCUGAUUUUAAACUUCAGUAAUUAUAAGUGUCAUUAUUCCAUUGUAUAUUAAAUAAACAUUGACGUUAUGGUA